AUGGCGGGUUCUGAAGAUGUGUGUUCGUUCAUUAUAGAGGCACUGCAGCGUCUUGUGCAGCCGCUGGUGUUUGUACGUUCCGAGUAUGCGGUUGCCGCGGUGCCGUGCGGGGAGCUGGGGACGCGCGUGGGCGAGAACGAGGAGACACACGCUACGACGCCAGGCUCGGCGGACGCCGCAGCAUCGCUGCUUCCCGCAGCGACAUCCGAGGAGGAGGCCGCGGUGCGGGCCAUGGCACGGCGUCUCUUCGAUCACGCCCUGCGACGGUGGGCGGUGGACACCGAGGAGGCGAUGCUGAACGGACUCGGGAGUCAGCGCCGUCGGACCCAAGCGGCCCGCUUCCUUAUCACCUCCACGGCGUCGAUGGGCUCCACGGUACCCCUCGUUACUGCGGUUGUGUACUCUUUUUUGCGUCAUCAUCGCCACCUGAAACACAGUGCGGAGUCUAUCACAGGAUAUCUGCAAGAUGCGUUAGAACUUCUGCUUCUGUGGUCGCAUCCUGCCAUGGGCGUCGCUGUCUCCGCAAGUGUGGUGGGGCCUCAGCCGGAGGUCACCACCGAUGUGCAGUACGGCUCUCCACUGCUCCCCCGGCCGUGGACGAAAAAUGAGGUGCUUCUCGCAGUGGCGUGCGCGCCUGAGUGGAGUUUGCGUGAGCUGUGUGGAAGCCGCCGCCUCGCUUCGUGGAUCCAUCGAUACAUCACAAGCACCAAACUUGUCCCCGCCGUUGUGGCCACGCGUCUGGCGCGGUGGAGUUGGCUGGAACGCCGGCUGCGGCGUUUGAUGACCCCGGCGGACGUGGCGGUGCUGGCCCGAACGUUGUGUGCGCUGCUUCUUGCGCUUGAGCUUGAGCUGGUGGCGGGUACAAGUAGCAGGGGCCCGCUGCCGCGUGACGUGGAGCGCGAUAGCGAAGGCCUGACGUUGCUGCUGGGGAUCCUCAACGAGCGGGGCGCGGCCACCACGAGGAGCGGGACGCGAGGAAAGGAAAAGAAGGAGCAUUGCACAAGCAGUUGUGAAGGUCGGCUGCACGGCUUCGAUGAGCGUCUCUCGACUGUGGCGGCAGAGACGUCUAUGGAGGCUUUUCUCAGCGAGCAGCCGACGUGCGUGGACUUCGUUGCGGCCACCGACGCCGCCUUUCGCGGUGGUGCGAGAGGCCCAGCGGUGGCUGUGCGGCGUUUGUGCGGCGUUGCCGAUGAGUUGUACCGAUUUCUUUCCGAGUGGAUGCGUCUCACGGUCAACGCGAGACUCGACGCACUCACCGCGCAACUUCCACGCAUUGGCGGCGGUGGCGCGCCGCAGCCGUUGCCGAGGCUCACAAUAGUGGUGGGCCACGUGCAGGAGGCCCAAGACGACGCGUCACAUGCCCUACCCUUGUCGAUGGUGCCGGUGCACCUCUUCGGUGAUUUGGUGCUCGAUGCGCAGCUGCGCGGGGUCAGGUGUCGUGACGGCGGUGACGCCGCCUGUGGCGUGGGGCCGUUGAACUGUGAGGCGGCGAAGAGCCUGCGUGGGGCUCAUGUGAACGGUGGCAGUCAUGUGCACGAGGGGGCGCGUGCACUCGCGCGUAUCCCGCUUUGGCUGGGCGCGGACGACGCACAAGACGACGUUGUGGGCGAUGGAGGGAGGGCGGGGGCGCAGAUGUCUUCGUGGCUGGCUGGCCUUGUCGUCGCCGGCGCCGUGCGCUGCUUUGACGCGUCCCCCGCCCACUGGCAGCGGCGCGCGCUCGCGUGGAUGAGGGACGUGGUCGCCGCCACGAAUGUGCGGCAAAGGCAAUGGAACCCCUUCUUGCGUCUCCGCCUGGGCGGCGUGCGGGAGACGCCUUUGCUGCUGUUGCGGCACGCCUUCAGCGAGGUGCGCUACGCGUUAGCGCCGUGGACCAUGUUCCCAUCCUUGCCGGGCGACGUGGGCGCAGGGCGUGCGGUGCGGGGCCGCCUCCCACGAGAGUUUCUCGACCCCGGGCUGCAGCCGCAGAAGGGCCUGAUGCACGGCCACGCACACUGGACCGUGCCGGAGCUGGAUUACAUCGAAGAACUGCGGCAGGGGUACCAGCGGGUUUUUGCCCGCGCCUCGGUUGCGUUGGCCGCGGGAGCCGAGGACAUAAGUCUGGGGCUGCACGUCGUUCCUGCCCCGUUGCACCUUCAGCAGCGGCUGACGGCUGAGGGACGUGCGAGGAUUGCGGGGGCGGUAACUGCGUCGUUGGCAGCACGGCUGCUUCCACGCCCCUCACAAGAGGAACAGCCCCGCGCCGCCCUUUUCUCCCCGGAUUGCUCUGCGCGCUACUGUGCUUUCCCUCCAGACUCUGCCGCCCAUCGUCGUCUGGCGGCCCGAGGCGGCUUGCCUGACGCUGCGUCCGUCAAGGGGAGUCUCUGCGCGGCCGCAGAACUGCCUCCCGCCAGUUUCCGCCUGCGGGAGAGCGAGACCGAGUUGACGGCGGGGGGUGCGGAGUACUUGGCGCGGCUGUCGCUGUCCCCGCCGCCACAGCCGUCGCCCGCCGGGAGUGGCGAGGGCCGUGGCACCGUGCAGGAUGAGGCUCCCGUGGGCCCUCGCGGGGCGACUGCGGGUGGUGGUGGUUGCGCCUGCUGCGAUGCCGCUCCCCUCGCGUUGGAGGAGUGGAACCGCAUGAUUGAAGACAUGCUGCUGCCGACGGCCGCCGCUGGCAGCUGA